CCAUACGUGAGUGUGAGAUGGCGAGUACGUACGGUAACAACCACCGCCACCUGCUGCAGCUGGUGCUGUCGUGCCGGAACAUCACGGCGCAGGUGAAAAACACCUCCACCUCUUCCAUCAUAGCCAUGGCUUCUUCUUCCGAGCAGGAAUUCGUGGCUCGUUACCGCGCGAACCUCAACCGCUACCCGAGAUCGCAUCGUUUCUGGGACGGCAAGGUGGCUUCCCGCGUUGGCGAGAAGCUAGGGCUCCGCCUCCGAGAAAUCGGCGUCACUGGCGUCCAAAUCGAUCCCUGUGAGGAGUACUCACGCCCCGUCCAUUAUCGGAUCAUGGUUUCUCCCUUGUUCGAUUCAAUCAAACGCGCCGGCGUCGAGGUCUCCGGCGUUGACCAAUUUAGCCAGGUGCCUCCUCCUCCUCCUUCCUCCUGCGUGGACCGGUAGGGUUACCAAGUAAUAUAACAAUGUCUAGUUGUCUAUUGACAAUGGGUCAUACACAAACCAGUCAUGAGACAAUGUACUAUCACUGGUAUGAGGUGUUUCUCUGAAACCGAUAAGGUAAGAAUGGGCCUAAAUGUCACAAUCCAAAGUGCUUUCACAUUCUCGCUUGGAUGGUGGUAUUGAUGGUACCUGCAAGAAACUCCAAUCCUCAAUCCUCAAGUUAGUAAGAGUUUUAACAGGUUAUGUAUAAGUUGAAUGAAAAAAAUAGCUAGUGUGAGUAUUUGUAGAGUAUAGAGUAGGACUUAGCCAUCUUUUAGAAAUAAUUUCAGAUGAUAAUAGGAGGUUAUUAUCCUCGCAAUGCAAAAAGUUACUCCAUUUUAAAUUGGUUGGAAGAAUUGACUUGCUUUUCAAAUCAGGUCAGUUAUCAAGUUAAGGGAUCCGAAUUUAGACGA